AUGACUGACUUCCUGCAGCUGUACGACGAUCUUCUUCUGGGUUACAAGCCGUACGCUCGACCAGUGACGAACCAAUCCUCCGCGACACAACUGGAGCUUGAGUUCAGUUUGGUCACUAUCUUAGAUGUGGACGAGGUGAAGCAGGUCGUCUCUACACAAGGUCUGCUCUCGAUGGCAUGUCACUGGUCACUCAUUAUUCUUUUACGUUUCACUUACCGUUCCCAUACUUUUCCCGAUACUGCUUACUUACUGCCUCCUUACUGUUCACUUGGUGUGCUCUUGCCGUCCCCAUUAACGUUCACUAAUUGUUUACUUACUUUUUCCGUCACUGCUGACUUACUGUUCACAACCUGUCCCCUUACGAUUCACAGGUACGAUGAGUUUUUGCAAUGGAACCCAAACGACUAUGGUGGCAUUAGAACUAUGCACUUUAACGAGAACCAAAUCUGGGCACCACAAAUUUCUAUAAACAGCAAGUACAAUUUCUUCGAUUUCCAUAUCCAACAUACAGUUCAGUCAAAUGGACGAGUCACUUUUGCUUCUAUGGUCACUAUUGAGAACAACUGUAAAAUGGACAUGACCUACUUUCCUUACGACAUCCAGAGUUGUAAAGUCUCCGUCAACACACUAGAGUCCACUGCCGACCAAGUGCUAAUAGUUCCGACCAAGGUGGGAACACUUUACGGUGGUUACGUCGAGCAUGAAGAAUUCGAACUUAAAAACGUUUCUUCCACAACGUUUUUCAUCUACUCUACUGACGGAGGUUUCUUGUCGUUUGUUGACAUAAUUUUCAAAAUCAAGAGGCGACCAACCUACUACGCACUCAGCAUCUUCCUCCCGGUUGUGACCAUCUCCCUGCUUGGUCUAUUUACCUUUACUGUGCCCGUGGAGAGCGGAGAGCGGCUAUCCUACGCGCUGACCGUUCUGCUGUCGCUGUCUGUGUACGUUACUUCAGUGUCAAGCAUCAUGCCAAGUACAUCUGUGACAACGCCCAUCAUCACGCAAUACCUCGUCUCUCUAUUUGUUAUUAACGCCGUCUGUAUCGUUAUGACUUUAGUUAUCAUUAGCCUACGCUGGGGAAAAAUUGUACCUUUGAGCAGGCGAAAGAAACUCUUGCAUGUAUUCGGGAUCCCUUUCUCCGUUUCCACAGACGAACCCAGUCCGAAUGAACCAGCCUGUAAUGGAGGAAAGACGAAUAGAAUAGGUGCUGUCGAAGAUAAUACUACUGUAGUCGUGAGCCCGGCGGCAGACAAAAAAGACAUGAGCAGCAACGAUCUAUUUCACGCACAUAUUCCCACUCACCCAGCUUCUCAGAAAUACCAUGAAAACAUGCCAAUGCCAUCAGAAAACGCUUGCAAUGCAAGGAUAUUUAGUGGCGGAGGAGGAUUUGGGAGGCAUCACACGCCCAGGGAUGGACUGCCCAUUCCUUUUGCGACUUGGGGUCAUGAAACGAUGGCCUCUGAUCCCACCGAUGAAGUUGAUGCUGACCUGAAGUAUGUGUUGAACAUGAUAAACCUUUUCAGUUUCAUUAUUCUCUUCACGAGUUUCGUUGUUGUUACAAUUUAUACUUUUGUAGCGAUGAACAGUUAAAGAGGGAUUCAUCUAUAGCAUCUCUCUGAAAGUGUACAUACCUUAGAUGUAAAAAGUAAAAUAAAGUGUUUAAAGCAUUCUAGCUUUUUUGUACCAUUGUCCAACUCAUGAGCAAUAAACUGUCUAUUUUCAUGUCCUUUUAUCAAGACUUACUUUAUGAAAUCUUCGUAAACUUUUCAUAGUUCUUUUGACACGAUUAGUUAAGUCCUUUUGGGGCUGGCUGAUUCGACCGUAAAGGUCAGGGCCAACUGGGGCUGACUGAAACUAUUAUAUUACCCUGCCAAAAUAAACUUAUGGAUGAUGGAAAUACUCACUAAAAUAACGUUCCAAUUAGGAAAGAAAAAUGAAAGUAUUCUGAGUACUAGAUUUUUUAGUAA